UCAGUAUUUUGAAUGUUCGACCGGCGUUACCUUAUUUUAGGCGUUUGAAUCAGCCACAACCUUGAGGAGGCAGCCGGCUAACAAGCAAGGAAACGUAAACUAGCAACUUGUUUUGUUGCCCAGCUGGAAACAGUCAGUCCAUUCUUGGUUCAAACCGAGGUCACUCGACUCUGAUUUCCAUAGCAGAUAGUAACAUUUGAGACUGAGAAUGAGUCUGAAUUUGGGGUCGGCUGAUGGUGUCCUCACGCUGGUGUCCAUUGGAUGGAAUACUGAUGGAAACUUCAGCGCUGUGUGCCCAAAUGGGUCAAUAUGGGUUUGGGAAGGGCUGCGGGAAUGUGCCCAGGACGCCAGGGACAUGGCCAGUGUAAUCCUGGGUCUGCUGUCAAUAAUGUGCUUCAUGGUCUCUUCUCUGCCGCAGUACUACAACUCUUGUAAGAGUGGGAAUAUGGACAGUGCCUUGUCCAUUUGGUUUCUGCUGCUGUGGCUGGGGGGUGACUCCUGCAAUCUUGUAGGCUCAUUCUUAGCUGACCAACUGCCGCUACAGACGUACACAGCAGUGUAUUAUGUCCUGGCUGACUUAUUGAUGCUGGGAAUGUACUUUUACUAUGUGGCUAAGAACAGGAUGAAUAACAGCAGGUUGGUCUUAAAUGUGGUGGGUGUGGUCUAUGUCUUGGGCUUCUCUGCCGGCCUCGUGGCCUUACCUGCGUCCCAACAGGAUGUGGUCCUCUCUGGGUUUAAAGGGCGGGCCUUGCUGUCAACCACUGUGGACGGUAUUAAGGCUUUCAGCACCAAGGAGAUCAUUGGGUAUAUCAUUGGCUCCAUAUCCUCAGUGCUCUACCUCUGCUCCAGACUUCCACAGAUGCACAUUAAUUAUACAAGAAAGUCGACGGAGGGUGUGUCCUACUUUCUGUUUGCCCUGGUCAUCCUGGGUAACACCAUGUACGGCCUGAGUGUGCUACUGAAGAACCCUGAGCAGGGCCAGGGAGAGGGAAGCUACAUCAUCCACCACCUGCCCUGGCUCGUCGGCAGCAUGGGCACCCUCUCUCUAGACCUGCUGAUCUCCAUACAGUUCUUGAUAUACCGCAAUAAUGCCCCUCUAGAGUUGGAAUCGCAGCACGGCGAGAGAGCUGCUCUGCUGGACAAAUGAAACUACUCCCUGGGUGCUGGAUCUAGCAGUACAGACACUUAUCCCCACCAAAUGGACUCUCAAUUCACAUUCCUUGACAGUUUUGGCAAACACAGGAUAUCCCUUUCUUUUAGAUUUUAUAGUUGUAUUUGUUAUUUAUACGAUCUGUGUUUUUUUGUUAUUUUUAAUGUUUUGAGAGACUCCACAUUGUUCAUUGGGGUGCAGCUGUAGUUUACUGUUCUUAAUGGCUCUUAAUCUUUUAGUGACAGACCAUUCCACCGUUACUCAAUAAACACUUGUAGUUUACUUCAAACCUGUUCUGACAAUCAUGAUGCUACUUGUCACUGCAUGGAACCCUCUUCUGGUUGUAUUGGAAAAGUCUUGUAUUUCAGAAGUGAUGAUUUAACUAGAAAUAUUUUUUGCAGAUCACUUCACCUGUCUUCUGAGUACACAAAGACAUGGAAAUCUUAGUGUUUUAAUAUGUUCAUGUGGAUUUAUUGUAACUAAAGUGUUAAUGUCUGAAGUACUGUACUUUUUAAUAAUAUUUGAUCAUUUACAUCAAUUGCCUUAGGUGUAUUCCAGUGAUUAAAAAAUGUAAGUGAUUGCAUAAGUAUUUGUACAUGGGAUAAGUAAUGAGUUACUUAGACUACCUAUUGAGAUGUGUCUUUUGGUAAGAUUACCGUGUGCUAAAUGAGGUGAAAAGGGAUCUGGAUUACAUUUUCCAUGUGCCCUUUUUUUUUUUUUUUUUUGGUAUGGUUUCAGAUCUGGAGACUUGACCUGUUUGUUCAGUGUAAGCAUAUCAUGAUGCUCACUAAAGAUUUUUGGUGAUGGAAUGGUCCUGUGUUUCUUUUUCUUGAUCUGUUCCCUAAACACAUGGUGAUGCAUCACCAUUGACUGAUAUGCAUAGCAAGGAUUUGGGUGAUUUUUAAGAUUUUAUCACAUUGAUAGUGCCUCAUUCCCAAUAUACUGCUACAAUUUAGAAGAAAUUAUUUGCUGGGAUGUGUUUUAUUUCAUGUUCAUAAAUGUUUGUUUAUUUCUCACCCAUACGCUCAAUGGGUUGCAUAAUAAAUCAAGUUUUUAAAUGAAACUGUGAAAAUGG